GCGCAUGUCUUGUACGGUAGCCGGUUAUGGCGGCGGUGUGCGAGUGUCCAUGAGGCCGACAGAAAGACCAUUCACACGGACUGAGAAAGCAAAGAAAGACCGAGGCUAUGGCUGGAGUGUUUGAUAUUGAUCUGGACCAGCCCGACGACACCGUCUCCGAAGAGGAGAUUGAAGAGGGGGCUAAUUUCAGUGAAUACAUGGACCAUGGAACUAGCUAUGAAUUUGAUAUGGAGAACUGUGAGAAGUUUGAAAUCUCUGAGGACAUUGUCAACAAAGGAACCGAGAAAAUCCGACCGGAGUGUUUUGAGUUACUGCGUGUGUUAGGAAAAGGUGGCUAUGGAAAGGUUUUCCAAGUAAGGAAAGUGACGGGGGCCACCUCUGGAAAGAUAUUCGCCAUGAAGGUUCUCAAGAAGGCAAUGAUUGUCCGCAAUGCCAAGGACACGGCGCACACUAAAGCAGAGAGGAACAUCCUGGAGGAAGUGAAGCACCCCUUUAUUGUAGAUCUAAUUUAUGCUUUUCAGACUGGGGGCAAACUUUACCUCAUCCUGGAAUAUCUAAGUGGUGGAGAACUGUUUAUGCAGCUGGAGAGAGAAGGAAUCUUCAUGGAAGACACAGCCUGCUUUUAUUUAGCAGAAAUUUCUAUGGCUCUGGGCCAUCUGCAUCAGAAAGGGAUCAUCUACCGGGACUUAAAACCAGAAAACAUUAUGCUUAAUAACCAAGGUCAUGUAAAAUUGACAGAUUUUGGGCUCUGUAAGGAAUCUAUACACGAUGGAACAGUGACCCACACUUUCUGUGGUACAAUAGAGUACAUGGCCCCUGAAAUAUUAAUGAGGAGUGGGCACAACCGGGCUGUCGACUGGUGGAGUUUAGGGGCCUUGAUGUAUGACAUGCUGACAGGAGCACCGCCUUUCACUGGUGAAAACCGGAAGAAAACUAUUGACAAGAUCUUAAAGUGUAAACUAAAUCUCCCACCCUACCUCACACAAGAAGCCAGGGAUCUACUCAAAAAGCUGCUAAAAAGAAAUGCUUCAUCUCGCCUUGGAGCUGGACCAGGAGAUGCCACAGAAAUUCAGACUCAUCCGUUCUUCAGACAUAUUAACUGGGAAGAUUUGCUUGCUCGGAAAGUGGAGCCUCCUUUCAAACCCUUUUUGCAAUCUGCCGAUGACGUGAGCCAGUUUGAUUCAAAGUUUACAAGCCAGACUCCUGUAGACAGUCCGGAUGAUUCAACACUCUCUGAAAGUGCCAACCAAGUCUUCCUCGGGUUUACAUAUGUAGCGCCAUCUGUGCUGGAAAAUAUAAAGGAAAAGUUUUCAUUUGAGCCGAAAAUCCGAUCACCAAGAAGAUUUAUAGGAAGCCCAAGAACACCAGUCAGUCCAGUGAAGUUUGCCCCCGGGGGUUGCUGGGCAAAGGGUCCUGCAGCAGGAGGAUGUCAAACCGUACAGUCCCCCACAGAAUACCCCAUGGAGGUGGCUGGGCUGGAACAAAUGGAUGUGACCUCGGGCGGCGAAGCCUCUGCCCCCCUGCCUAUCAGGCAGCCUGCAGGACCGAACCCUUUGCCUUUCAAAACGCAGGCCUAUCCCAUGAUGUCCAAGCGACCAGAACAUCUACGCAUGAAUCUAUGACAUUCAGGAGACCCGAGAGAGAAGGACAAUGAAAAUAAAACGGCAAAUCCUCAAAAUGGCAUGUGAACUCAAGAUGAGCCUGAAUGUCCGCUUUAUUCUCUGUUUCUCUCUGAGAACCCAGAUAAGUGGGGAUUUCAGUCCUCGGCAGAUCCCCAGAGACGUUUGUGUUUCACCUAGACAGGUUGACUGAGGCACAGACUGGGCUAGGGUUUGGAAUCUUUCUCAUCAUCAGUGUAGCACAGACUGGAAACAAAUCUCUUGAACUGAAUUCACUUCACAUCUGCAGACUUCCUCCCGAUGACCUGCUGUCCAUAUCUGCAGAUUGUUCUAAUUAUAUUGCUGUCAAGAAAUUGCUUUCACUAAAUGCUUGAAAUUUUACAGUAUUACUUGGAGGAACAGCAUUGGAGUUCAAAAAUGAUUCAUUAAUGAAAUCUAUAUUAUAGUCACAAUAAAUAAGAAAAAAAAAAAAAAAAAAAACUUUUUUUUUUUUUUUUUUAAAUCUUUUAAUACCUGAUUUGAAUUGAAUCUUUUUUUUUUUCCUUUUGUUUUUUUAUAAGCUGGGUGGAACUGAAAGCCCGGAUAGUAUUCUGGAUAAAGCAAGUUGUGUACACAGAAACCUGUUUAGACAAAUCAAACAUUGCCUCCACAAGGUAGCCUAUUACAUUGUUGGUUGUUACCUGAACAGCAGGGAUAGGUAAGCAGUGCACAGAUACUGUUUCCAUGGAUAUUGGUAAAAUUGUAGUUUUUUGUGGUUUUUUUUUUUACCCCCCAGAAUAUGACAUUUAUUUUCAAAACCUAACCCGUUUCCAAAAUGAUUUAGCAUUCACAAUUGUUAUCUGAAGUUGAAGUUGUCCCCUCCUUUUCAAUUUGUAUUUCAGCAACCUGGAA